GACUGAUAAUAUGAACGCGGCCCGACCCUCGUUUGCAAUGUACCCUUUUGUCUUUUUAUUUUAUCCUUCACAGCCAAGACUUAGGCACCGCCACACUUCUUACUGAACUCAACUACCUUAUCUAUAACAUGGUUAUGACUGCAUCAAACCUGCCGGCUGACUCAUCUCUUCAAGUUGGCUCUGAUGCCAAUGACAGUCCCCCGUUCAGCGACAUCGAUGAGAAGGUUCUUGGCAAGCCUGCUAUCAAGGGCACACCAAUCAAACACCAUGUUGUGAGCCACUCGCCGUCGCCAAAACGAUGGAAGACUUUCAUCAAGGCUUUCCAGCAUAUUCGCAACCUCACUCCAAAGGAGGUUGACGAUUUCAUGGCCUCGUAUGAGAUUUACAGUCUAGACUGGACCGACGAGGAGCAAAUGAUUGCCGCCUUUGGUCCCAACUAUCAGCAGCAUGUCGGAGACUGUCUUCGUGCAUACUACUCGGUACUCAAUCACCUAUGCAGUCUUGGAGAUGUGGAAAAGAUGUACAUUCCACCCUUGAUGGACAAGAAAGCCUCUGUCUUGGACAACCAGUUACUAAAUGAGGAAGCGGUUGCAAGAGAGGUCCAACUAGGUCCCGGCAUGAAGGUCCUAGAUCUUGGGUGCGGCCGUGGGAGGGUUGCGGCCUAUAUGACGAACAUUUCGGGGGCGAAGAUCGUGGGACUUAAUAUCGACUCAAAUCAAAUCUCUCAGGCAAGGGAACUGAACGAUGCUCUGGGAUUUGACAACCAGUUCGUGGUGCAUGAUCAGAAUGACCUGCCGCUGCCGUUUCCGGAUGAAUCCUUUGAUGCAUUUUACGAGAUUCAAGCCCUCAGCUUGUGCAAAGACCCUUCGCUUCUUUUCAGGGACAUCUGCAGAGUAUUGAAGCCCGGCGCGAGGUUCCUCCUGCUAGACUGGGUCAGUUUGCCCGCUUAUAAUCCCAUGGAUCCGAAACACGCCGGUCUGAUGCGCCGGGUCAAGCCUCUGAUCGGAGCGGUUGGCACCCCAACACCCGCAAGCUUCAGCAAGGCGUUGGAGGACGCCGGGUUCGCUGUCACGAAGUCAGACAACCCCAGUAUAGGUGGCCUGCAAGCCCCCCUCAUCGACAAGGUUGACAUCUACUUCCGGGGUUUGAGACGUGUUAUCCAUGGCCUGGUCAAGUUGCACACCUUGCCGGCGCAUUUCAAGACAUUAUUUGAUCGAUUAUGUCUUGACGGCCAGGCAUUCGUUGAGAUGGACAAUCUGCGGUUGAUCACAACAACCUGGCGGAUUGUGGCUCAGAAACCGGCCGUAGCAAUGUAGAUUUGCAGUGUUAAGAAGGUAUUGGAUAUUUCUUGGCCUUUAUAUACUAAUACUAUACUUGGUGACGUACUAGUCCUGCUCGUAAUUAUACUUUAGUACCACUCAA